UAAAAAAGAAGUAAACAAAAACAAAAUGUUGCAAGCGUGAGGGAGUGAGUUUUUGGCGCUUAUAAUGAAAGCUUCGAGCACCAGCAGCGUGGUUGUGGCAGUAGCGAUGGGAGAAGAAGAGCCAGAGGUGCUUGAAUCGGAAUCCAAUGUAGUCAACGCCAACGGUAACAGCAGCAACAGCAACGAAGAAUAUUCCUUCCCCGUUCUUCGUUUCGAUGUCUCUCCUCACAGAACCUACCAUUUCCACCGCCAGUUCAUCACUCCUUCCAACCCUAACAAUUUCUUCAAGGCCGUUAAAUGGUCACCCGAUGGUUCCUGUUUCCUCACCUCUUCCGACGACAACACUCUCCGCCUCUUCGCGCCACCGGGAACCGAAAGCGACGCUCCCGUUGCUGCUUCCGGCCACGGCGACGGUAAUCACGAGAGUUCUUUGUUUGUUGCAGAUUCCUUUGCUGCAAAUGUAGUCAUGCAUGAAGGAGAGUCUAUACAUGAUUUCUGUUGGUAUCCUUACAUGUCUUCAUCAGAUCUGGUGACCAAUGUUUUUGCGACUACUACUCGCGACCAUCCGAUUCAUUUAUGGGAUGCUACCUCGGGCCAGUUACGUUGCACAUAUCGGGCAUAUGAUGCUAUGGAUGAAAUUACAGCUGCUUUUUCAAUUGCUUUUAAUCCUGCAGGGACUAAGAUAUUUGCUGGAUACAACAAAUGUAUUAGGUUGUUUGAUUUACAUCGCCCUGGUAGAGAUUUUGAAUUGUAUUCUACAGUAAAAGAUAAAAAAGAAGGCCAAACAGGUAUUAUAUCUGCUAUGGCUUUUUCUCCAUUUCCUUCUGGGAUGCUAGCUUUGGGUUCUUACAAUCAAACUACUGCUAUUUAUAGGGAGGACAACAUGGAACUUUUGUACUUUUUGCAUGGUCAAGAAGGUGGAAUUACACAUGUCCAGUUUUCCAGAGAUGGAAAUUAUUUAUAUACUGGAGGUCGGAAGGAUCCUUACAUACUCUGCUGGGAUGUGCGCAAAUCUGUUGAUUGUGUCUACAAGUUAUACAGAUCAUCAGAAAACACCAAUCAGCGGAUACUGUUUGAUAUUGACCCUUCUGGAAAGUAUCUUGGUACAGGUGGCCAGGAUGGUUUAGUACAUAUAUAUAAUCUCCAAACUGGGCAGUGGGUGUCAAGUUUCGAGGCUGCUUUAGACACAGUUAAUGGUUUCUCAUUCCAUCCAUUUCUACCCCAUGCUGUAUCAUCCUCAGGCCACCGAAGAUUUGUAAUUCCAGAUGAUGGCAAUGAAGAAUUUUGCUUGACUGGUCGUGAAAACUGCCUCUCAAUGUGGACUUUCUGUUGUGAUUCAAUGAUGGAGACAGAUUUGAAGAACGAUGGCAGUUUCAAUAAUCAGUCUGAGAGUAGGUGCUUGGACUGAAAUUCAUUAAUGUUUUUGCGGCCACCUUGUACUGAUUAGGUAAAAGAAGUUUGUUUUGUAGGCUUGUAGCCAAUGAUCAAAACGGUUCACUGUUCAAUUGUUCCGUGUUUGACAAAAAAACCAAGCUAAGUUUUGCAUAUAUAUCUCAUUAUCCUGUAAAUGUAAAUUUCUAAUUGAUUGGACUUAUUUGCCUGUCAUUUUGUUGUGA